GUUUUCCUCCUAAGAACAAUCACAUGACUACUAGCUAGCAACUAGCUGGUGUAGAGAACAAUGUGGGUCUAUUCCACUGUAGUAUUGAAGGUAUUCCACGAGUAAACUGUCGUAUGGUGGUCCCUCUAGUUGCUUCUUGUGUCCUAGUUGCUGCUCACUGCUGAAAACUCUCUUCAUACUACAUGGUGAAACAUAAACUUAUUGGAUCUAUUCAAGCUACAGGUUCUGUUGCCCAAUAACGAGGUAGCUAUGAGUGGACCGCUGAAUAAACUGCAGAGCAUUCUAGGGAACAUUGCUGGAAGAAAAAAUUCCUCCGCAUCUCCUAAAGAUAUCGCUGAUCGGGAGCAUCGUGCCAGAAGCCUUCUCCACCCCACUGGUAGAAGCACCAUUCAACUGAGUCCGUCCAGGGUCCGUAUUGUGGUGUUCAAAGAUGAUAUGGGAGUGAAGCAGCCACUCUUUGACUCACAGGUCAACUGUGAGAAUGAGGGAGAGGAGCCAUCCACCAAGUCCCUAUGUGACAUGAGGAGUAUAGAGCGCCUGGAACACAGCAACUCCUCCACUAGCAGCGUCCCACCUCUGAGCACUUCAUCCGGGUGGGUGGGAUCCUGUAAGAAAAGGAGAGCUGGCUUUGUCAAGAGACCUUCUACUGAUUCUGAGCUGCUCGGUGAGAUGAUGUUUGGGUCCAUGCCAAUGAAGACUAUAGGGAACUCAGUCAAGGUUCACUAUAUCAGAUCAACUGACCAGCUCAUGCUCACGAAAACCUUCGCCUGUGGUCGCAAGCUUCUUCACCAAUGCAGUCUGACUGACUACUCAGACAGUUGCCCAUUGCCCGGAGAUGCGUCCAGUCAAACUAUAGAGAGAGCUUAUGCCCCGGUACCCAAGAACCACUACAUGAUCAACAGCCUGCGAUGUUCUCUCUCUCCAGAUUCUGGUCGCAAUCUUCGGUCUUCUAGUCUGAGUGUUCCUAUUCUUCGUCCCAGUAGUGCCCUUUCCACUCACUCCUCCCCGGCCACCCACUCACCCCCCUCACCUGUCCCGUCUCUGUCUGUCACUGGCUCUGUAAGCUCCAGUCUCACUCGGAGGAUACAGAGGUACCGGGCCACGAGCCUGGAGGACCCUGCUGAGCUGUACAGGAAGGUCUUGAAACCUCUCGAUAGGCCACCUCAUAGCAAGAAGAAGUACGGUAUUGGAGUGAUCCUCAGUUUGAGUGAGCUCAGUGAACCUGACAUUCAGCACUUCCAGAGUUUCCUCUUCUCUCACUUCACUCUGAUUGAUACUCAUCUCGAGAAGCUUAAGUCUUUUGUCCUGGAGGCCUCACAAAGUCGAGGGCCAGCCUUCGUCAAAAGCAUGACACAGGCCUAUGAAGAUUUCCUCAGGGAUUUUAUUGCUCUCUACAAAGCACCGAGGAUUGAGUCUCCAGUAUGGCUCACUUUGGUUGGUCAAGUGAGUAGACGAGAGCAAGUGUGCAAACAGUUUAUGGAGGAGUUUGGAUCCUGUAUUGUCGAGAUGGAGACCAAGGAGAGAAAAUUUUUCCUGUCCUCACUCCUCACGGCUGUACUCUCCCACCACUUGGCCUGGGUCUUCACUGAGAGCAGACACUCCACCACCGACUCACGUCUCAACAAAAUGAUCCCAAAAUCUUUUGGGCUAUUGGCAGAGUCUCAUCCCUAUAACCCUCUCUGGGCUCAACUCGGAGACUUGUUUGGAGCAGUGUCCUAUCCUCUCAAGCUGACCCGGACGAUUGUCACAGGCAAGAACAGUGCUAUAGUGAAUAGGCUCCUCUACAUUCUCACUUACUUUAUACGCUGCUCUGAGGUGGAGCCAUGGAAACCACCGGAGAAUCUUCAUCACAAACCUUCUCAGAAAAUUCCUGUUCCAAAUGGUAAAGGAAAUCUCUCGUCAAAUGAGCACCAGCACAAGUCCAGCGACUCAUCACACAGCGAGUUGAUCACUAAACUAGAUGAUGACUAUCUCCUAGAAUCAAGGGCUAGCUCAAUCACAGUGAUGGCAGAUCACGAGACACACUCUCUGAGAUCACCCUUUGCCUCCCCUACCAAUUUCGGCCGAGAGACGCCACUAAUCAAACCACACCCCUUCUCCAUACGGCAAUCAAGUCGACAGCAUUCGUUCAAUAGUGAUCUUGACCCCCUAGGCAGUCUGGGAAAUAAAUCACUUGGAGCAACUUUUUCUAGGUCCCCCAAAUCUUCUAAAAAGUCUGGAUCUAUGUCUAGCCGUACAAGUGAGCAGUCUGAUUCCCGCCACUCGUCCCUCAAGCACACGUUCCCCAUCCAACCUUCCUCCCCUGUCGCAACCACUGCUAGAGCCACAUGUAAUGAUCAAACAAGUGACUAUAGAAUGCCGUCUCCCUCCAACACACACUACCCUAAUUCUCCAGCUGAGAUUGCCAGCAUGGGAUUCUGUCCCGAGCCUGACAGCUUCAUGACCUUUGAUCCUAAAGCAAGCUAUAGGGCCCACCAAAUGUCCCCCAGCUUCAUCAAGAGGUCACCGCAGAAUACAUUUCAUGGUCAGAACACGUCAGUACGGAAGGUGCCCAACUUGAAAAUGUCACAGCCAAGCGGUCAGCCGUACACGCUCCACAAGAACAACUCUACAACGAGUAUGGACAGUGGUUAUGAUCGCUCCCUCACAGCCUCAAGUACUACUGAGUAUUCCAGAGACAGUUACACUACCACCACCAGCUGCUUCAGUGACAGCUCCAACGGCAAGGAUAGCUGUAAUCGAAGUGGCCUGUUUUUCUCGCGAUGUGAUGGUGUUAAGGGAUAUUCAAUGGACGAGAACAAAGCAGAGAGUUGCUCUGUGCAGUCUAUGAGCCGCCCUCGAUCAGAUGCCAUUAGUUUCUCUUCCCGUCGAGAAGCCACUAACUAUCGAGUCUGCAAAAUGCCACCUAUCGAACACUCUGACGACAAUAGCCCUGACAACAUACACAACUCCAUUUCUCCUGAUCUACCAAGCCCUACACAACCUCUUCUACCAACCAAAGUUUCGAGGCUUUUACAGAACAAUCAAGACUACACUUCAGCUAUCAGAAAAUUAAACGGCUCACAAUCGAAUUUUGAGUCCCAGCGAGUACCUCUUCUUCAAGUGCAACAGCCAACACUUAUUAAGGAAGAUUCGGACGAUGAUUCCAUUACCGCUCAAGAAAAUCAACGGAGUAGCCCUGGACGUUCACUACGCAGGCAAGCUGCUCUCCUGUCCGACAGUGACUCUCCGAAAUCUCCCACCUUCCAAGAUAGCACGUACGACACCACCGACCAGUUCAGGCCAUUUUCACCCAGUCAAAGCCUGCCACUUUCAACCAUACCGUUCAUGUCUAUGUCACGGACAAGAAGUAGCUCUGAUGCUGCACGCGCACAGUCGCCCAGUAUGCUGAGUACAGAUAGCGGUCGAGGGACUAAGAGCGGUUUUACUGGCAAUAACUCCCAACAAGAUCUCGAAAACCUCUCCCAAAGUUCCGAUCUGUUCGAUUCCGAUGAUGCCUUUUGUGAGCUGCCUAGUUUGAGUUGCUCUGAGCAAGGAUACGAUUUACUGAAGAACGACAGUUUUGGUGACGAUCCCCUUAAUGUUGAGAAAAGCUUCUCUCCAAACACUCUUAAGUUGUUCAGACAAAGCCCAUCACUUUUACAGCAACAGUUACAAGCUCACGACAGAUUGCUAAGUGGAGACGGGCAGCCAUCGACUCCAGAUCAGUUCUCUGACUUUGAGGAUGUAGUGUUGCCAAGUGUCGACGAGUUUCACUUGGAAGAUUUCGAUCAAGAUCAGGAUGCUCAACAACAAAACUUGGAUGAUUUUGGUCACUCCCUGUUCGUUGGCCUCUCUCCGACCUACCUGUCUGAUUUUGUUCUCCAUGGGACCACUCAACCUGCUGAUCAGCAUCUCCAGGACAAAAUAUUUAAAGACCUCAGAAGUGCAGUGAAGUAUUCCAUCAUUGACGAACCUAUUGAGCAUGGUGUAGCGAUUGUGGCUGACACUGACUCAUGGACUGUCCGGAUUCUCUCAACCUCUCGGUGUCUGCAGACUACCAGUGACGUCAUUAUGGGCUCAACAUGCAUGCAACCAUCUCGAUACAUCAAGCAACUACUCAGUACCGUUAAGAGCAUGAAUGAAAUGCGACUUCCUGCUGAAUUUUGCCUUUCCCAUGUCGAGGAUAAAUUGUUAGAGCUCAACGAACGAAGUAUCACGUUAGCCAACACUCUGUUGGAGUAUGGCAGUGACACGGACUUUGCAGAAAUUCUACCACGGUCAUUGGACUCACUGGGCAUGCAAGACCAUUACGACCGUCUCAUGUUGAUCGUACUUGCUGGAGUGAACUGUCCUGAUCAGGACAUAAAAGCUAGACUGGACUACAUCUUCAUGACUAACUUACUAGGAAAACAGUAUUUUUAACUCAUUCACCAAUUUCUUUGUUUUGCUUAACACCACCCAUUGUUUGUCAUGUAAUAGUACAGAUGAGGAACGUACUGUCAUGUACGUAUAAUAAAUUAUUACUGAUUAUUA